GCGGAGAAGGAGUGUUCUGCCCAAUGGAGAUCUUCAAAUGUCCAUCCUGUCUCUGUACAACUCUACUAUGAGGCCCUGUGUCCUGCGUGCCGGGACUUCAUGUCAUUGCUGCUCUUCCCCACCUGGGCUUUGCUGGGUGAUAAUGUCAUGAAUGUCACUCUUGUGCCUUUUGGCAAUGCUGUGGAGAAAGAAGUGAAUGGGACCUGGGAGUUUACCUGUCAACAUGGGGAGCUGGAGUGUGAACUCAACAUGGUUCAGACCUGUGUGUUGUACCUCCUUGGGAAAGAGUUUCCUAAUGCCUUUGCUGUGAUCAACUGUAUGAUGUCAACUGCUGAUCCAGAGACCUCAUUAGAGCCGUGUCUGAAGAUCUAUGGCCCCAAAACUUCUGUGGAUGAAGUCAUGAAAUGUGCAAGAGGACCUCAAGGCAAAGAGAUGAUGCAUCAGAAUGCCAUGAUGACAAAUCAUCUUUCCCCUCCACAUACAUACACCCCUUGGAUUCUGGUUGAAGAAGUAAGAGCUGUACCCUAUCCUCACCUCACCUACUGUCUUCCAUUAACUUGGUCUAGCCUUCUCCCCCUGACCACUACUCCCCCCUCCCCC